AUCACAUCCUACCAAGCGACUCUUUCCAUCCAUACAACCUAGUCCUCUACGUCGUCCUUGCACAUACAGCUCAACCCUACACGUCUACAGCGACUCAUCCAAGUGGCUCAUCUCUGAUCAAGCUACAGGGUUUUCCCUCGCCCACGUAUCCCCAUGUCUACUCCACAAAUGUCGGAACCUCGAGCCAAACGUACUCACGCUCGUCGUUCUUGUGAACUAUGUAAAGUACGCAAAACACGAUGUGAACUUCCAGAUCUCGACGUCAUAUCAUCCCCCUCUCCUCUCCCACCUGAUAAAUCCUGUCAUCGAUGUCGAGUCCUCGCAUUACCUUGUGUGGUAGAUGAUACCGCUAAGAAAAGUCGGAAAAGGGGACGGGAUGAUAUGGAUACCAUCCCAACUUCAUCUUCCAUGCCUGCUACGCUCGCUCAAGUAGCUUCUUCUUCGACUCCUAAUUCUCCUAAACGUAAAGGCAAACCCCGCGCCAGGGUAUCUUCACCAGGUCCUAGUAGAUUGACAACAACGAUAAUCGAUCCUAAUCUCGAUAUCAUUCAUUCGUUCGAUCCACUCAGUAGUCCAGAUGAUGUGGAAAAAGAACAACAACAACCUAUCAUUCGUCCUACUCAAUCCGUUGAGAGAAGUUUAAAAUAUCAUGGUCGUCCUUUGGAAUUGGCAAGUGCUAUGUUACAAUCUGCUUAUUCUAGAGGUAGACCAGUUCCAUGUGUGGGUGACAUGAAUGGGGAUGUUGAUUUGAUAAAAUUGGUAAAUCAGGAUGUGAGAAAUUUACUUAAACCUGGAGUAGCACAAUUACAAAUCUUUCAUCCGUAUCUCGACAAUCUUGAUGAUAUCUUUGGUAAUUACAAAGCUGUACAAUUCAAAACAUGGCCACCGAUACCUGUCGGCUUGACUCUAGCAUUGGUCCUAUACCUCUCUUCCUUGACUCUCGCUCCGGAUACCAACAUAACCCAAUUACGUUCUGUCCUCACUCCGUACAUCUCGGCCCAUAGGGAUUAUAUCAUGGUUCAUCUCUCCUCCUCCUUCCAGACUAUACAAGCUUUGGAGCUUUUAUCCCUUCAUGCACCAUUCGGUGUUCUACCUCUAGAACUCGUCGACCCUGCUUCACUUGGUGUGGCUCGUGGUCAAGUACUUGUCGCUACACAUAUAUCUCAAUUGGUCGGCUUUCACCCUCUCAUGCAAACCAUUAUGCAGAGUGGUAUGUCAGGUCUUUUCUCCGUGGUGGAUACAUGGCUCUGGUUAGGGUUGUGUAUAGCGGAGGCGGCGGUUAGGUUGGAAGAUGAAACUCCAAAAGUGCCAGACAAUUUGGCAGAAGCAAGAGAAAUCGUCGAUUCUUUCUUCGACGAUGAACUUGAAUUAUGGCAAAGUGGUUUCGCAGACGGAGAAAUCAUCAAGACUAUUGGCAAGUUAACCGUAUGCGAUCGAUUGAGUAGAGUAUCAGAAGUUUUCAAUUCGAUAAUUCGACUUCGAGGAUAUCUAGAAACAGCUGUGGAAGAUUCCAAUUUCGAUCCUGUUACAGCUAUCACCGAUGAGUUUAAACAUUCCAUUUCAAGAUUGGAAGCUUUAGACGAGAGACAUGAUGCUAUUAUUGCUCUUGUUCCCGAAGGAUCUAGAAAUCUAUUAGCUGGAUGGUUAUCUUAUCGAAAUAUUAGAAGAAGAUACGAUUCGACCAAAAUCUACGUUACAGGUUUACGUUUUCUCACCGCUACAGGGUAUCUACCAGGACAUCCAUCCGCUUUCCCGAAUUUACCUACGGAUUUACCUCCAUCUGCAAAAGUACCUUAUGCAGUUGGUCGAGCUUCGAAUCCAGCAGAUACGAUGCCUUUUAUCCUUUCACCAGGACCUGGUUCUCAAGCAUUAUGGCAAUGGGGAGUACAUCGUGGUGAUACCGCCGAACAAGUUUUAGUAGCUUUUCUUUCCAUUGGAAGUUUAGUUAUUCCUUCUCCGACUUCAGGAGGAGAAUUAAUACCAUUACACGACGUUAUUUCAAUAGCAGUAGAUUGCGCAAAAGUUUUAAUGGAAAUGCAAGCUGGAAGUAUAUUGAUACAUAAACAUACUGGAAGAUUACAUAAAGCUUUCAGAGUACCUCAAUGGGUUUUCUCGAUGAGACAAGUAGCGCAAGUUAUGGCUGCUAUAGCUACAUUAUCACCUAUAAAUGAUGAAUUAUCAAGAUUACACAGUUUAGCUGGAGGAUGUAGUAGUUUAAUCGGUUCGAUGGUUAGAAUAGCGGAUGGUUGGACAAGAAGUUUAGAAAGUGAAGCUGCUUUAGUCGCUAUUUCAGAAUCGGAAGUUAAUACACAAUAUAUUUCAGAUCCAACUACAACUACAAAUUCGAAUUCGAAUUCAAAUUCAUCUGUACAACCUGUUUUAUCCGAUCCGAAAAUUACACAGGAUUUAAUUCCAACCCAACAACAAAAUUCAGUCAGAACUCGACAAUCACCAGAUUCUUCCGAUCAAUCUCAACCACCUCAGAACGGUCUUCCUCUUUCAACUUCCAAUCCAACCAGUGUUCAUAAUCAUAAUCAUACUCAUAACCAUUCUCAUAAUCAUAGUCAUGGUUCUACUCACGGACACGGACAUAAUCAUCAACAAUAUAUGGAUUCAUCAGAUAGAUGGAUGGCUUCUGAUCAUACUCGAUUUUCAUCUGAUCAUUCUCGAACAUCAUCACAUCCUACUGAACCAGCUCAACCUGGUCAAUCUUCUUUACAAAGUCAAUCAUCUCAACCUGGUCAGAUUCCCGGACAAGGACAAGCAGGAGGUUAUUUGGAUCAAAUGUUGUCAGACAUGUUCACGUAUGCUUAUGGGUAUCCGAAUAUACAACAGAGACCAACUUUGGAGCAGAAUACGCAGGAUAGGGAGGGGGAGUUUGAAGAAGGAUGGAGAGCGCCCAUCUGAUCUUUACUACAUUCUUAAAGUCACGGUAGACGGUGAAGGGAGAUAAUACAUUUGAUAUAUCCAUAGACAAUCUUGGAACAGUAUUCGAACGUUAGAGGGAGAUUUUUGAUUUAUUGGUAUGACUGAAUGCAAGGAACAUCUGUAAGGUUCAAAGGAGGGAAUUUUUGGUUUUUGUUCUUCCGUCGUGAUAAUAAUUGUACUUUUAUAAUCGAAGUUGGUAUGCAAAAGAAAUGACAAGUUUCG